CGCAGCGGCACCGUGCGCCAUGUCCCAGCCGGGCUCGGGGCCCCCCGGCCCCGCCGCGCAGGGCGACAAGAAGGCAAGUGGAACUUCUUCCAAAUCAGGAGAGAAAGAAGCAACGGAGAAGUCAGCAAGUGCUAAUGUCAGUCAGCCUCCCAAAACACAGACAAGUGGAGCACCGUCUGCUGCUAAGAAGCAGUCUCCCUCUGCGGAUGUAUCAAAACCACCCAUUAUGAAGCCAUCUGAAACAAAGUCCACAUCAACAAGCCAAAUAGAACCUGAGAAAACUGCAGAUUUGAAGCCAUCAAACUCUCAAAACAAUCAACCAGCUGAAGAGAAGCAAAAGGAAUCCAGUGGUGCAAAAAGCCCAAUUGCACCUUCAGUGGUAACAGCUUUUAAACCAAAUAAUAUGGGAAAGGAAACUACAAGUCAAGCUGAGCAGCCUUCACAGGCAACCACUGCAAACACAGCACAGGCUAAAACUGAAAAGACAUCAACAGCAGAUGGUGCAGGUGCAGUGGGUGAAGGUGCUGUUGCAAGUAUGGUUGCUGCAGCUGAUAAACCAAAUACUGAGCCUGCCAUGGAUGAAUCAGCACUGGACAGCUUAAUAGAUACACUGGGUGGAUCUGAAGAAGAUGUGGCUACUAGACCAGUUUACACUGGUCCGGAAAUUACGGAAAAUAUUUCUUCAGAGUACUUGGAAGAACUGGGUAAACGAGAAGGUAGCCUCCCUCCAGAUUACCUUGCAUUAUUGAAGAGCAAAGUGGAUGGCAAAGAUGGGGGCCUACCAAAAGUAGAUGAACUUUCUGAAAAACCAAUGACAGAUGAUGAGCUUGCAGAUGCCCUGUCGUCUGACUUUACCUGUAGUAUUGCUGCUGCUGAAGAAAAGAAGUCAACAGAGAAACAAACUAAGGAAGGAGAAAUCAUACAAGCACAAGCAGCAAGUUCAGUGAAGACUUCAGUUCCUCCUAAAGAGAAGAAAACAAAAUCAAAAGAGGAAAUCAGAGAGGAUGCAAUGGAAGCUCUUAUGGAUACUAUUGGUGGACCUGAACCUGAACCCGAACCGAAAGAUGUUAGCACCUUUGUAGAGGUGUCAGAGGCAAAAGCUAAGGAGAAAAAAGAAAAAAAGGCUGGAGAACGGGAUGAUACAGUACCUCCAGAAUACAGACUAACUCCAGAGCUGGAUAAAGAUGGAAAACCAAUACUCCCAAAGCCUGAAGAAAAACCUAAGCCUUUGAGUGAAUCCGACCUUGUUGAUGAAUUUUCAAAAGACUUUGCCAGCCCUGCACAGCCUGCAGUACAAUCCAAACCAUCAAAGUCCAGCAGCACAUCCAAAAAGCCAUCAGCUCCUGCAUCUGCAAAAACUGCAAAGGAUGAAGUAGUCCCUCGUGCCACAGCUUGCUCUGUGCAGUCUUCAGCUCCAACAUCUGUGUCUUCUGUUGGUCAUGUAGCCGAUGAAGCACUAGAAGCCUUGUCCAGUGGUCUUGGAAAGGGGGAGCCUGAUCUAGAAGAAAAGAAACCUGCGGUGGACAAAGUUAAGGAGAAAACCAAACAGAAAGAACACAAAGAAGAUGAACAAACAAUUCCUCCAGAGUACAGAUCAACGAAUGCAAAAGAUAAAGAUGGAAGACCUGAAGAAAAGUCCCAGCCUAUGAGUGAAAACGAUCUGUUAGAAGGUUUGACAAAAGGAUUUUCUCCAGCCCAAUCUGCACCAUUACCUACACAAACUGUAAAAAAGAAAACCAAAGCGGGUAAAAAAACUGCAGAUUCUUCAGAUGUUAUCUCUGCUUCUACAGUUUCCUCAGUGCACUCAGCAACUCCCCUGGCUUCCACGUCGGGAGGAAAAGAGAUGGAUGAUGCCUUGGAUCUCUUGUCUGAUUCCCUGGGACAGAGAGAACCUGAUCCUGAUGAGAACAAACCAGUUGUGGAUAAAGUAAAGGAAAAAACUAAAUCUGAACACAGAGACAAACUUGGAGAAAGAGAUGAUACUAUUCCACCUGACUAUCAAAAACUUCUGGAGUCAUCUGGUGAGGGUAAACCUGUCAAGCCAGUACCAAAGGAUGCUUUGAAAAACAAGGAACAGAAGAAGCCUACAGAUGAGUCUGCUGCUAUCGAUGCCCUGUCAGGUGACUUUGAUACUAGUCCCAAGACUUCUGCCACACCACAGCACUCAAAGGAGAAAAGUGGAAAGGAAACCGUCACCACUAAAGCAACCUCAAAGGAUGAAAGAAAACCCAAGGAUCAUAAAAAGGCAAGGGGACAGUCCUCCAGCAGCAAAUCUGAGAAGCAGAAAACAAGCUAAACGUUAACCUUUCUAGGAUAUUGGCACGUGAUGUGAAGAGUCUUCUUUUUACUGGGGAUAAUUAUUGCUGCAAAAGCUGGUGCAAAAAGCAUGUAGCUAUUCUAGGUGUUUUUUGUACUGUGGUAUUUCCUGGACUUUUUUCAUAUUUUCCUUUUUUUCCAGUAGUAGAUUAGUUGGUUUUUUUUCUAGCCUUUCAUAUUAUUGUACUGAUGUGCUUUAAUUUUUUGUGUAAUUUUCUUGAGUUCUCAGAGGAAAAGGAUGCUUUAUAUUUGUAAGAAGUAUAUUUCAGAAAUUAAUAGCAAUGCCAAAAAGAAAAUGCAAACUUUUGCACAUAAUCUCCACAUAGUGCCUGUAAAUCUCAGAAGAAUUUGCAUGUGCUAGCAGUUUUAACAUUGCAGUGAGUGUAAUAAGUAUUCUGGAAUACAAUGAGCUUUAGUUAUCACCAGUGCAUCUCAGCCUGGCUGCACAGUCUUUCCUGACUUUUUCUUGGUGAGAAAACACAGAUAAGCUGUGGAGGCGUAAGGAAUGAGAAACUGGUGAUAACUGUUUCAUCAGGAAUAACAAAACAGGUAGUUUUUGAUGAUGCCUUAGCUGCAGCUAACCAUAGCAAAACCACUCCGGAUAAUACGGACUUUUUUUUGAAUUGCAAUUGCAUCUGUGCUUUUUCAUGGUUUUGGGAGUCUUCUGGACUGAAAAAAUAAAAAUCACUGUGUACCACCACCA